AUGAUGAUGAUGCUUGAAAUGUCCGUCGUCGUUUUCAGUCUUCUGCCAUCGCUAUGUCUCACAGCUUCUGUUCUUUCCAAAAAUCAGGUAGUCGACAAAUCGAUUGCAGACACCGAAACCACACUGAAUGAUGCUGACUUCCAAAGCGAUUUGCACAAAAGAUUUGAGCUGCAGACACUAGGAAUCAAGGUCAAAGAUGAUCCAGUAAUGGGAAACUACAGCGAGGGCGAUAUUUAUUUGCCGAGUGUCAAGGAAUUUGUGAACGAGAACAACAAAUUGGGCAGAAACGCAAUCAAGCAAAUGUAUAGAAGAUGGCCGAACGGUGAAAUACCCUAUACACUGUCUUCUCAGUAUGGUGCUUAUGCGAGAAGUGUCAUCGCCAACGCAAUGAAUGAAUACCAUAAAAAGACGUGCGUUCGAUUCGUUGCUCGCGAUCCUGCCCGUCAUCACGAUUAUCUUUGGAUUCAUCCCGAUGAGGGUUGCUACAGUCUCGUCGGAAAAACUGGCGGAAAACAGCCGGUGUCUUUGGAUUCGGGAUGCAUUCAAGUAGGAACAAUUGUGCACGAGCUGAUGCAUGCUGUUGGAUUCUUCCAUGAGCAGAGCAGACAAGAUCGUGACAACUAUAUCGAUGUUGUAUGGCAGAAUGUGAUGAAUGGAGCCGACGAUCAGUUUGAGAAAUACAAUUUGAACGUGAUUUCGCAUCUCGAUGAACCAUAUGAUUAUUCGUCAAUUAUGCAUUAUGGGCCAUACGCAUUCAGCGGAUCCGGAAAGAAAACGUUAAUUCCGAAAAAGUCGGGUGCUGAGCGAAUGGGCCAACGUGUCAAAUUUUCGGAUAUCGAUGUUCGGAAAAUCAACAAAUUGUAUAAUUGUGCUGCGGCCAAGAAUAACAACAACAAUAAUAAUAACAAUAAUAACAAUAAUAACCAAAUCGCGACGAAUUCGAUUGUCAAUCACCCACAGAUGACGAAUCUCGAUGCGGUAACAAAUGAGACAUACUUUCCACGUGGUGGCGGGUCUGAAAAAUCUAAAAAAUCAAAAACUUCAAACGAGCAAUUAUUUCCGUCGAAGAAAGCGCAAAAGCGAAAAGCCGAUCCUAGCGCAGAAAAGUUUGUUAAAAAACCGAAAGAAGUUUCGGCAUGGAUUCCCAAAGUCGAAAAUGACAUGUUCAUUGAAGGACUUUUGGGUCUUGGAGUUGUUUCUGAUGUUUUUGAUGAUGGAAUUAUUUUGCACACCGCGGGAAACCAAAAUGUGCGAAUUAACGUUUCCGAAGUCGCGAACAAAUUCAGUCAGCUGAUCAACGCGGAAAAAAUCGAAAUGUCUGAUGCGUUCAAAAUUGGACAAAUGGUGCCGUUCCGUGUUAUUUCAAAGAAAUCCAAACAAGACAAAGGCAGCGUGAAAGGAACUUGUAAUCCGGCGAAGCUCAACAAACACCUUUCACCAAACAUGCUUGUUGCCGGGCUGGUCAUCCACACAUGUGUGACAAGUCUUGAAGAAAAAGGAGCCGUUUUGGAUAUCGGAUUAGAUCAGAUGACAGGAUUCCUUGAGAAGGCCCAAUUUCCGCCAUCGGGAGUAUUCGAAGGACAACCACUCAUCGUUCGCGUCUUGUCAACGACGUCGCGGGUUGUGAAAGUCAGCGCUCUAGUUGAGCAGGAUAAUUUGAACAUGACAAGCUGUGAGAAACUUCAAUUGAACCAUUUGAUGCCGGGAACAAUUCUCGAAUGCGAGCCGACUGGAGAUGAGCCUGUGUCGAACGGAGUUUUUGUUUCUAUUGGAAAUGGUCUCAAGGGAAUCUUGCCACGACGCAACCUUCCUCCUCGUCUUCGCGAAAAUCCUGAAAAACUUGGAAAGGCGAUUCGCGCGGUUGUCAUGUUUUGCCAACAAAACUCCAAAGUUCUUGUGCUCCAUGCUCAUCCUGAUAUUGUGGCGAUUUCGAAAAUAGAAAAACGCACCAGUUUCGAGGGUAUUUCGAUUGGAGACACUGUGAAAUGCACGGUUCUCGACGUAAUUCCUUCAAAGUGCACAGUAUUUUUCUCACUUCCUCCCACUGAUGGAAAGAAAUCUCUUGUAACUGGAUUAUGCUCUCGCGGAUUUUUGGAUAAUCCUGAUAAUAUUGCUGAGAAUUAUAACAUCGGGGCCGAAAAGUUGUGCCGAGUAAUUGCAUAUCGAUAUGUUGAACGGAGCAUCGUUGUUUCUACAAGAAAGGAUAUUCUUAAACAAAAAAUCACUUCAUAUAUGGAUGCCGUUUGCGGAGAUAUUGUAGAAGGAAAAGUUGUUCAUGUUUCCCCACAGGGCAUCCAUUUGAAUGUGUGCAAUUUCGUUCGCGCCUUUGCUCCGGCAUCGAUGCUUAGCGACAAGCCGAUAAUCGGAAAAUUGAAGAGCAAAUUCCCACUGGGUUCAACCGUGAAAUGUCGAAUUUGGCAAAUUUGCAAAGAUCGCAAAAAAUUGAUUGUUUCGUGUAAAGAGCGAAUGCUAGAAUUGAAGACUCCAUUGGCAAAUACAAAGGAAAAACUGUCGGUCGGCGAUUUACUGCCAUGCACAGUUCGAAAAAUUUUCCCAACUGGAGUUCUUCUUCUCAAAACGUACAAUGAGAUUUGCGGAGUUUUGCCGAAAAAUGAUGCCAAAAUGUUGCACGAUGUCAAACUCAACGAUUAUGUUGAAGCACAUGUCGAGAGACUUGAAGACAACAAAAUAAUUUUUACGCUUCCUGAAUCAACCAAAUCUGGUGGAAUUGGAGCCACUAACGAGAAUUCUGAUAAGAAACGAGUGCAUAAAGUUAAAUUUGUUACGGAUGUCGAAAUUGGGAAAGUUUACAGUGGAUCGCUGUCGGCUAAAAAAAAUGAGAAAAUUAUCGCCAAAUUCAAUGCAGAAAAUGAAAUCACAUCAAUUGUGGAAGAUCAUAUGUUUUCCGACCUUCUUGAUGCUGAAAUCGGACUUGCAAAACGCAUUUUGAUUCAAGGAUCGGUGAAAGUUGAUCGGAUUGUGCCCAUGGGAACUGCUGCUGGAAUUCAUAAGACGUGUGCAAAACGAUUUGUGGCCAACUGGAUUCACGAGCACAAGAUUCCGAGCAAAUUCGAAGAUCUUUCCGAAUCAACGGUUGUUUGUGCUGUUGUUACACAGAUAGUUUCUGAGGCUGGAGCCUUUGCUGAAAUUGCUGGAGGAAGCGGGUUAAUCGGACGAAUUAAGAGUAGAAAAGUGGGAAUACCAACCAUUGAAUUGUUCGAAGUUGGCCAAGCAAUUAUUGGAAGGAUUAUAAUUAUUGAUGAGAAAACCAAGAAGUUUCUUAUUGAUCCUUACUCCGAAAUGAACAACAAAGACCAAAUGGUUGAGCAUCACGCGAUUCCGAUUCUUAAAAAUAUUGUGGAUGAAGUUAAAUGGCUUGCUGAAGGCGCGAAAUUCCCAGCUCCUGGAGCAAAUGUGAAUGCAAAAGUCACAAAGGAAUUAGAUGAUGUGGUUUUGGUAGAAUUCAAACACAAUAAAAAGAAGAUGGCGGGAAUCGUUAAGAAGGAUGUCAAAGAAAUCUUGAUAUUGGAUGAGAAAAAAUCAAAUUUGGUUGUAGUUGAUGUAAAUCAUUCGACAAAUGAGAUCGUGUUGGCUAAGAAACAAGAAGUGAGUACUCCACGAAUUGUCGCAAUUCGACGUGAUUAUAUUUGUGCAAUUGAUUCUGAUGGCCUUGUCUAUUUGCCCACACGUCUUCAUGCCAAUUAUUUGCCGCCAGUGGAAUCUGAUGUAAAAUUGCAUGAAAUAGUCGAAAUCGACAAAUUGGAAGAAUAUGGAAAUGUACGAAUCGGUGUCCGCAAUUCUGGAAUUGUGACCGACCUGAAACGAGCGCAGCUGAUUGUGGAGGAAUUCCAAGGAAAGAAAUUGAAGAAUGGAGAUUCGGAGAAAAAAGUGAAGGAAGAACCCGAAUCAUUGAAAUCGAAAAGUAUCAAGAAUUUCGGAACUUACGAAGGCGUAGUUACGGGAAAAACUGAAGUUGUUCCAGGACAGAGGAAAUGUGGUCUGUUCGCCGAAAUUGAUCUUCCUGGUGGCAACAAAGGCCGUUUGCAUAUUUCGGAGCUUCCCGGAAAAUUGAUCGCCGAAAGUGAAAACGCGCUUGAGGCCUUCUUGAAUCGAAAUUUGCACAAAAAAGUUUGUGUCCGAAUUAUCGGAUUUACCAAGAAGAAUUCGCAAAAAAUUGCCGAUUUGACCAUGUCGAACGCGAAAAUUCGCGAACCGAAAGUGCGCGCUUCGGUUCUCGGAUAUAAGAAUAACUUCAAUGUUGGCGAUGUGGUUCGAUGCUUCGGAUCAGCCGGAACCGUUGAAUCCGAUAGCGAAAUUCGUGUUGAAAUCAAUGGAAUUUGGACAGGACACAUUGCAAGGGAGAAUAUCUCCGAUGAUUUGAAGGUUGAGACUGGAAUUGGAGGUAUUAUUGAUGUGAAAUUGGCACCCGGACAAUUGCGCGAAGCUCGUGUUGUUGCCGUCGACAAAAAAAGCAAUACUCUCGAAUUGUCGCUCAAUGUCGAAAAAAAUCCAAAAUUCGAAAUCGGCGAGAAGCUGACUGGUCGUGUAUUCUCGGAACCGCAAAAGGACAACUCGGUUAUGCUGAAACUUGCAAGUGGAGAUCAAGCAAUUCUAACGGCGACGGGAAUCACAUCGAUAUAUGAAAGUGUCGAUAAAAAGAUUUCAGAAAAUUUUGGAAAAGGAGAGAUUCUCGACGUGAUUUGUGCCAAAGUAACUCAAUCGAAACCAAGGCGAUAUUAUGUGGUGACUCCUUCCCGAUAUCACGACCUGAAAUCGUGCAAAAACGAGAAGCGAAAAUUGAUUCUCGACCCGAAUAAUGUGACAAUUGGCCAAAAUUACGAUGGAAUUGUCGUUCAAGCGAGCCCUUCAGGAGUUAUCGUUGAAAUUGGCCCAGGAAUUGUUGGAAAAAUUCCAGUAAACGAGGAAAAUUCUGAUAUUAUCGAUAUUGGUGUGAAAAGCGUAGUGACCGUUGAAAUCGAAAAAAGCACACCGAAAGGAUUUCUGCUGAAACUAAAGGAAAUCAUUAUUCGAAAGUUUACCGCCAAAGCGGAUAGAAAACGUAAGGGAUCGCAAUCCGAUGAGAUUCCAGCGAAAUUGGCUCUGACAGAGGAGGAAAUUAAGAAGGAGACGGUUGAAAUGAAGGACCCUGGAUUUGAUUGGUCUAACAAAGGAUUCCGAAACGAAGAUUUGGCUGCAGUUGGAAAAUUGGCCACGGAAAAUUUAGAAAAUAAUGAGAGCAGCGAUGACGGAAGCGAUGAAGAAGAAAGUGAAGAUGAGCAGGAGGAAAAUGAUUCUGAGAAGAAAGAGAAAAUUGUUAAUGAAAGCGAAGAAGAUUUGUCGAAACAACUUCGCGGAGAUCCAAACUCUGCGAUCCUUUGGAUCAAAUACAUGAGCUUAUUCCUGCAAAAAGCCGACUUAGCUGCUGCUCGUGCAACUGCUGAGAGAGCUCUUGAAUCUAUCAAUUAUCGAGAAACAGCUGAACUUCGAAAUGUCUGGACUGCUUAUUUGAAUAUGGAAGUUGCUUUCGGAGACGCAUCGACUGUGCAGAAAGUGUUCGAACGCGCUUGCAACAAUGUUGAUUCGUACACAAUGCAUUUACAAUUGGCGCAAAUUUAUCAAAACUCAAAGAAAAAUCAGGAAGCAAAGCAGAUUCUUGAAACGAUGGUCAAAAAGUUCCGAGCGCAGCAUAUUGAAGUAUGGGUGCUCCUUGCUGAGCAUCUUAUGAAACAAAAGGAGCAUAAAGCUGCUAGAGAUUUGCUCACAAGAGCAUUGAGCAGUGUUCCAAAGCAGCAACAUACAAUGCUAAUUUCGAAGUUUGCACAACUAGAAUUCAAAUAUGGCGAUUCUGAACGAGGAACGACAUUGUUCGAAGGACUUCUUACGGCGCAUCCGAAGAAAACUGAUUUGUGGUUGGUUUAUGCGGAUGCCGCGGUCAAACAUAUGGGAAUCGAACAAGCCAGGAAAAUCAUGGAUCGAGCUUGCAAUUCGAAUAAUUCUCUUCACAAAAUGAGGCCGCUGUACAAGAAAUGGCUCGAAAUAGAAAACCGGCAUGGAGAUUCCGUAUCUGUCGAGCUUGUUAGAGCCAAAGCUGAAAAAUACCUUCAAUCAGUGACGGAAGCUGUUAUCGCUGAUGAGUAA